AUGGGAUCUGUGUUAUACUGUUUGGAGGAAAUACUCUUGUCAGAGAUGAUGCCAAGCCUUAAUGACCUGUCUGAGUUGGACUCAGUAGAGGUUACAGAACCCCAGGAAACCCAAACAUACGUCAAAUGUAAUAAGCCCUCAGGUCAUGUAUCUCCCCAGAAUGCAUCUAAUGUUGUGGCUUUUCUCAUGAGAAAUGCUUUUGUUGUUUUCACAUUGGCUGCUGUCGCAUUAGGGAUUGGCACAGGCUUUGCAUUACGCCACAUUAAUAUGUCAGCCAAGGAUGUAAAAUAUUUAACCUUUCCUGGAGAGAUCCUGAUGAGACUCCUGCAGAUGUUGGUGCUUCCUCUCAUCAUUUCUAGUGUGAUUGCAGGUAUUUCAUCUGUGGACAUGAUGGCUUUUGGUAAAAUUGUGCUAAAGGCCUUCAGCUAUUACAUGGUCACCACCUUUAUUGCUACAUUCACUGGCAUCGCCUUAGCUGUUCAUAUUCAACCAGGGAAAUCAUCCUGGACUGCCUCAGUGCCCUCUAGUGGUAAUGCAGAGGCUGUGCAGACUGUGGAUUCCUUUCUAGAUAUAAUCAGAAACAUGAAUCCCUCAAAUUUGGUGGAAGCUUGUUUCAGAAAGUACAAAACAGUUUAUUCCAGGAGUGUGACAGUGACCAAUGAAAACAAUGACACAGUACCAGGGCCAGGAACCUUAGACGGAGUCAAUAUUUUGGGUCUACUGUUUUUUUCUGUCGCCUUUGGCCUCAUCUUGGGCAGAAUGGAGAAUGAAGCAAAACCUCUGAGGGAUUUCUUUGACUGCCUGAAUAAAUCCAUUAUGCAUCUGGUCAACAUAGUCAUCUGGUAUUCCCCAGUGGGGCUCUUCUUCCUAUUGGCGGGACAGAUUGUGAAGGUGACAGACUCCGAAGAGAUAGGUCGCAGAGUUUUCAUGUACGCUCUCACUGUAACCACUGGCCUCCUAAUCCACAGCCUCCUCACCCUUCCCCUCAUCUAUUUCAUUGUCACACGAAAGAAUCCAUUCAGAUUUAUGCUCGGUCUACUCCAGGCUCUGACCACUGCCUUUGGGACUUCGUCAAGUUCUGCAGCCCUACCUAUUACCCUCUACUGUAUGGAGGGAAUUCACAACAUGAACAAACAAGUGACACGCUUCAUGCUCCCUAUUGGGGCCACAAUGAACAUGGAUGGUGCAGCACUCUAUGAAGCUGUAGCUGCAUUAUUCAUUGCCCAGAUUAAUAAUAUGGACUUUAACCUGGGUCAAAUCAUUGUCCUCAGUUUGAUUGUCACAGUUGCAAGCACUGGUGCAGCGGGCAUCCCACAGGCCGGCAUGGUAUCCAUGAUACUUGUGUUGGACUCAGCUGGAUUGCCCACUGAAGAUAUAUCACUGCUCAUGAUAGUUGAUUGGAUUCUGGAUCGUCUACGGACUACCACCAAUGUGCUGGGUGACUGUGUCGGUGUGAGUGUAGUGCAGCAUCUGUCCACAAAGGAGCUGCAGCACUCCAGCCCUGCAGAUACAAGUUUUGAGGAGGACAGCUCCCAGAUGCGCACCCUGUGA